CUUUUUAAGGCCAGCUAGCGUCCGUGGGUUUAGGGUUUUAGAGCCCGAAUCUCCUCUCUACCUCCACUCCUCUCGUGUGUGUGCUGAGAACUGAGGCAGCGGGAGGUUCCUUACUGCCUUGGAGCUAGGCCGCUGGGAUUUUGGGCUUACCCACUUCAGGUGACCUAUCUUCUCCCAAUUUGAUCUAGCUGCAGAGAAUCAUGUGGGCGAUUCGUAGAGCUUCAAAUCCUAUAAGGAAACAAAGUUGCUGCAUCCUGUUCAAUCACACUUUUUAUGCUAAACCCGAAGCAACUAAUAAUUUGGAAAACGGAGUUCAGCAUUCAAAAUUUUGUCUAAUUAAUGGAGUUUAUAAUAUGAAAAGACCUGUUUCUGGUGGAAGCUAUCAUCUUGCGCUGCCUUUGAUUUGGGGAAGAAACCUUUCUUCUCAGGUUGGACGUAAGUCUAGUGACAAGGAGGAUGAUUUUGAGGAUGGGUUUUCUGAACUUGAAGCACCUCCAGAAACUGAGGAUAUGGAAGAACUUGCAGAAAAGAAUGAAGAUGAAUUGUCUUCUGAAGGAGAUAGUGCGGGGGAAGAUGCUGGUGAAGGAGAAAAGGGUGCCCUUGCACUUUCUGAUACUGAAACUUCUGUUGGUGGAACAGAACAUGCCAAGAAGGGUCGUAGCUCUCCCAUUUUUAAAAUCAUAAUGGAAGCUACUCGUCCUUCUUUAAACAGCGCCCUUGAUCAGUGGAUGGAAGCUGGGAAUUCUUUGGGACAAGGCGAAAUAUCACUUGUAUUGCUGAAUCUUAGAAAGCGUCGGUUGUAUGGAAAGGCCUUGCAGUUUAUGGAGUGGUUGGAAACAACUAAGCGCCUUGACUAUGGAGAACGUGAAUAUGCAUCUCGUCUGGAUUUGGUUGCUAAGGUUCUCGGCCUUCAAAAGGCAGAAAGCUACAUUGAUAAAAUUCCCAGUUCCUUUAGGGGUGAAUUCCUUUACAGAACUCUUCUAGCCAACUGUGUUGCUGCUGUCAAUGUUAAGAAAGCAGAAGAAAUAUUCAAUAAAAUGAAGGACUUUGGUUUCCCAAUCUCUACCUUUGCAUGCAACCAACUAAUAUUGCUUUAUAAAAGGGUGGACCGAAAAAAGAUUGGUGAUGUGUUAAAAAUGAUGGAGAAGGAAGAUGUUAAGCCAUCUCUCUUCACAUACAGCCUUUUGAUAGACACCAAAGGGCGUAUACAUGACAUAUCGGGCAUGGAAGAGGUUCUUGCGACGAUGAAGGCAGAAGGCAUUGAGCCCGACUUAUAUGUGCAAUCUGUAAUUGCAAAGCACUACAUAUUUGCUGGGGAAAAUAAAAAAGCUGAGAUAUUAUUGAAAGAUAUUGAAGGGGAUGACAUCAGUAAGAACCGUGCUGCCUGUAAACCUCUUCUUACUCUAUAUGCUGCUCUUGGUAAGAUUGAAGAUGUGGGAAGAAUUUGGAAUGUGUGCGAGGAAAAUCCCCGAUUAGAAGAAUGUUUAGCUGCCAUUGAGGCUUGGGGGAAGCUGGGAAAAGUGGAGAAUGCUGAGAAAGUCUUUGAGAUGAUGAUGAAAUCAUGGAAGAGACUUUCUUCCAAAUAUUACAAUGUUCUUUUGAAGGUUUAUGCUAAUCACAAGCUUCUAUCUAAAGGGAAGGAAUUGGCAAAGAGGAUGUCGGAUAAUGGCUGUAGGAUUGGCCCUUUGACUUGGGAUGCUCUAGUGAAGCUCUAUGUGGAAGCUGGGGAGGUUGAGAAAGCUGAUUCUAUUCUGCACAAGGCUUCUGAACAGAACCAGGUGAAGCCACUUUAUAACACUUAUAUUUCUGUGCUGGAAAAAUAUGCUGACAGGGGUGACAUUCAUAAUGCCGAGAAGAUAUUUCAUAGGCUAAGGCAGAUGGGUUAUAUUGGUAGGAUGAGGCAGUAUCAAUUAUUACUACAGGCCUAUGUGAAUGCCAAAGCACCAGCUUAUGGGUUUCGAGAGAGGAUGAAAGCAGAUAAUAUUUUUCCCAACAAAGCUACACUGGCACAAUUGCAAGCUGUGGAUGCAUUCAGAAAGACGCAGAUUUCUGAGUUGCUCGAUUGAGGUUUUUCGUAUUUAGCUGCAUGUUUAAUCAAACAAGGUAGAUUUUUUAAGUAGCUUUGUUAAGAAAGAUGGCAUACAUUGUUUGACUAUUGCUAAAUGUCCAGUAUUUCUGCUGUUUGGCAUGACCUUGAUCAUCAUCAAGGAAAUUCUGGUGUAUUGUUUUAUGCUGUUAUUGCAUAUUUAAUUUGCUACAAUGUUCAAAUUUUGUAAUCUUUAUGUGCUUUCCUUGCAAUGAAUUUUUAUUUG